AGUUCUCUCAACAAGCUAUCCUCCCUUAAUUUGCUCUCCUUCGCAUAGGGAGAUCUCAUGGCUUCAAACAAUACUUCCAUUCCUCUUGUUUAUGCCAUCUGGAUUCCGUUCCUCCUUUUCUUUGGAUCCAUGCAACUAUGCCUCUGUUUCGGUGGAAAUAGCUCCACGUCAGGAAGCUGCACAGAGAAGGAAAGGAAGGUUCUUCUAAGCGUACAAAAGGGCAUCUAUGAUGCCCACAAAUGGCUCUCUUGGAAUGGAAAAGACUGCUGCAGAUGGAAAGGAGUUGGAUGCGACGCCAUGACCGGACACGUCGUAGAGCUUGACCUCCACUACCCUUAUCCAUAUGAUGUUGAAGAUCCUUAUGACGAACGUCGUCCUAAUAAAAGUGAGGUAAGUCCUUCACUACUCGACUUGAGACAUUUGAAACAUCUGGAUUUGAGCAUGAACUAUUUUGGUGAUGACCCGAUCCCUAACUUCAUUGGAUCUUUUGCCAACUUGGAGUAUCUAAACCUCUCUAAUGCUGGGUUUGGUGGAACAAUCCCUCACCAACUCGGGAACCUUUCAGACUUACUCUAUCUUGAUCUCUCUUCAAACAGUCGGUACGGCUCUUUGGAUGUUGAUGACCUUGGCUGGUUAGCACAGAUCCGUUCCUUGCAGCAUCUUGACAUGACUAAUGUCGACCUCUCAAAAGCAUCAAAUUGGAUUCAUGUGAUCAAUAUUCUGCCUUCUCUUUCCAUCCUGCAUCUAUCUCGUGCCACUCUUUCUAGGCUUCCCUCUACACUGCCCCAUGUUAAUUUCACUUCUCUUACUACACUUGAUCUCUCUGGGAACAACUUUGCAUCAAGCAUACCCGGUUGGCUGUUCAAUCUUAGCAGCCUCGAACAUCUCGAUCUUGGGCUCAAUCAGUUCCAUGGCAAUAUACCACUCGCCAUCCGGAGUCUCAAGAAGCUUCUGGUCUUAGAUCUCUCGAACAACAGCUUCAGUGGAGACAUCCCAGAAACGGUGUGGAGUCUUAAGAGAUUGCGGUCGAUAGAUUUGUCUGGGAACAAAAUCAGUGGGCCGGGGUAUACCAGAAACUGUGGGGAAUCUCAAAAGCUUGGAAUCCUUGGACCUCAACGGAAACAAUAUCAGGGGUGAA